UUUCAGGAAAUUAACAAAAAUGCAGCUACGCCGAGUCUUCGGAUCGGUCGAAAACGUAAAACUGCUGAAAUUCAUGAUUCAAAAUCGACAUCAGGUUUAUUUUUCAUUAAAGGGACUCGCACUGGAAGGAUUCGACUCAAAUAUGAAAAUUAUUUACCUAAAGAAUUUGGUGAUCGAGUUCUUAGCUGCGGCGAAGGUGAGCAGCUUGGUCAUCCUGGUAGAUUAGCCACUAGAAAGCCACGUGCUAUCGACAGUCUACCUGAAGGGAAAAAAAUUGUGCAAGUUGUAGCAGGUGGAGUGCAUUCAGUUAUUCUUCUUGAAGAUGGUUCAAUAUAUACUUGUGGUAUUAAUGAGAAAGGUACUGCACCAGCUGAAGGUGUUGAAGCCGAGGGAUCUUCUGAUCACUUGGCUCCUAUUAUAUUCGCAAAUCUUAUUUCACAACAUGGGAAGAUAGUUAUGGUUGCUGCUGGUGCGAGUUUUUCUGCUGGUUUAACUGACAAGGGGUCUGUUAUUGCUUGGGGAAAUCUACGGGGCACCUCAGGGUGUAUCGAAUCGCAUAAAAUUCUUGUUGAAAUGGAAGAACAUCCAGUAGUUAUCAUCGAUCAUAAAAAUCGCGUCAUAGUUAAAAUUGCUGCUGGUGAAAAUCAUUUAGUAAUGCUUUCACAGUACGGUGAAUUGCUCACUUUUGGUGAUGGUUCUAUGGGUCAGCUUGGCCGAAGUGUUCGAUUAACUUCGAUUCGGUCACAACAAAUGGUUGAUGAUUCUGGUAUUUCUUUAUUGGUAUCUGUAAAAGAGAAAAGAAAGCAGAAAUUAGUGGUAUUCAAUGAUAUUAUGGCGGGAGGAUACUGGACAGCAGCUCGUGCUACCGAUGAUCGUUUAUUUGUUUGUGGUCUCAAUAACUUCGGACAGUUAGGCGUCGAUUUACCAGAAAUGGAUCAGUUAGCUAAACCAGAACCUGAAUUACGCAUUAUGCGCCCUACCGUCGCUGUUGCUUUCGAAUCAUACAAAAUAAAUCAGCUUUCUGGAAUUCAUCACAUUAUUUUAUUAGACGAUAGUGUUGAUUUUAAUUUGUUUUUGGGUGAUGUAUAUGGAAUUGGAAAGAAUACAGAUAAUGCACUUGGAAUUGGUACAUGGACUGGCAAGGAUGAUGAUGAUCACUGGAGAUACACUAAACCUCAGAAAAUUUCUCUUCCAAAAGCUUCAGGUGUUUGUGCUAAACUAGGAUGUUCUGUUGCGUGGACGAGUGAAGGAGUUGCUUAUUCAUGGGGAUACGACACAUCCGGUCAAUUAGGUUUGGGUAUCAAAGAUGAUGUUGAUAAAAUUGUUCCUUUUCCUAGAAAAAUUACAUCUGCACAUCUGGAUGGUUAUCAUAUUUUAAGUUGUUCUAUUGCUGAUAACCAUACUUUGUUCCUCGCAAAAAAAAUUUGA